CCUGUCCCGAGGACUCGGCAGCCAGGCGAGCGGGCGGCUGCGGGCGGGCGCCGGGCGAGCAAUUGAGCGGAGCGGGCCGGGCCAUGGGGCGGCAGGCGGCGGGCGCGCUGCUGCUGGCGCUGGUGCUGCACGGGCGGCUGCUCGGGGUAACCUGCGGGCUGAGGGCAUAUGAUGGCUUGUCCCUGCCCGAGGAUGCAGAGACAGUCACAGUGGGCCGUGCUGGCUGGAGCUAUUCAGACCUUUCUGAUGAUGAGGACUUCCUGGCUGAUGAGGCCUCCGGAGAUGGUGUGGGCAGCGGGGACCUGGGCAGCGGGGACUUCCAGAUGGUUUAUUUCCGAGCCCUGGUAAAUUUCACUCGCUCCAUCGACUACAGCCCUCAGCUGGAGGAUGCAGGCUCCGAGGAGUUCCGAGAGGUGUCCGAGGCUGUGGUAGACACGCUGGAGUCAGAGUACUUGAAGAUUCCUGGAGACCAGGUUGUCAAUGUGGUGUUCAUCAAGGAGCUGGACGGCUGGGUCUUUGUGGAGCUGGAUGUGGGCUCCGAAGGGAAUGCAGAUGGGGCUCAGAUUCAGGAGGUGCUCCACACCGUCAUCUCCAGUGGCUCCAUCGCCUCCUACAUCACCUCUCCCCAGGGAUUCCAGUUCCGACGCCUGGGCACAGCACAGACACCCCCGCCCCCCCUGGCCGCUGUGGUGGCCGCAGUGACACCAGUGCCCCAGUUCCCAAGGGUCUGCACCGAGGCGGAGUUUGCCUGCCACCGCUACAAUGAGUGUGUGGCCCUGGAGUAUCGCUGUGACCGGAGGCCUGACUGCAGGGACAUGUCUGAUGAACUCGAUUGUGAGGAGCCGGUCCCCAAGCUCAGCUCGCAGCCACCACCUCUGGCGGAGACACCACCUGUACCGUCCCAGCCGGAGGCAACCAUCCCAUGGCAGCUCCCAGCCACCCCUGCUCCCCAGGUUGUGUUCCCCAGUCCAGGCAGGUCCAUGCCUUGUGGGCCCCACGAGGCCACAUGCCGCAGUGGGCACUGCAUCCCCAAAGACUACGUGUGUGAUGGGCAGGCGGACUGCAGGGACGGCAGUGACGAGCUGGACUGCGGCCCCACCCCACCCUGUGAACCCAACGAGUUCCCCUGUGGAAACGGGCACUGUGCCCUCAAGCUGUGGCGCUGUGAUGGUGACUUUGACUGUGAGGACCGCACCGAUGAAGCCGACUGCCCCGCCAAGCACCCCGAGGACGUAUGCGGGCCCACGCAGUUCCGCUGUGUCUCCACAAGCACGUGCAUCCCGGCCAGCUUCCACUGUGACGACGAGAGUGACUGUCCCGACCGCAGCGACGAGUUUGGCUGCAUGCCUCCCCAGGUGGUGACCCCUCCCCAAGAGUCGGUCCAGGCUUCCCGGGGCCAGACAGUGACCCUCACCUGUGUGGCCAUCGGCGUCCCCACCCCCAUCAUCAACUGGAGACUGAACUGGGGCCACAUCCCCUCUCAUCCCAGGGUGACAAUGACGAGUGAGGGGGGCCAUGGCACGCUGACCAUUCGUGAUGUGAAGGAGGCAGACCAGGGCGCCUACACCUGUGAGGCCAUGAACACCCGAGGCAUGGUGUUCGGCAUCCCCGACGGUGUCCUGGAGCUUAUCCCGCAGCGAGGACCCUGCCCCGACGGGCACUUCUACCUGGAGCACAGCGCCUCCUGCCUGCCCUGCUUCUGCUUUGGCAUCACCACCGUGUGCCAGAGCAGCAGCCGCUUCCGAGACCAGAUCCGGCUGCGCUUUGACCGGCCCAGUGACUUCAAGGGCGUGAAUGUGACGACGCCCACGCAGCCUGGCAUGCCGCCCCUCUCCUCCACCCAGCUGCAGAUCGACACCGCUCUGCAGGAGUUCCAGCUGGUCGACUUGUCCCGACGCUUCCUGGUCCAUGACUCUUUCUGGGCUCUGCCUGAGCAGUUCCUGGGCAACAAGGUGGACUCCUACGGUGGCUCCCUGCGCUACAAGGUGCGCUAUGAGCUGGCACGUGGCAUGCUGGAGCCAGUGCAGCGGCCAGACGUGGUCCUGGUGGGCGCCGGACAUCGCCUGCUCUCCCGAGGCCACACACCCACCCAGCCCGGUUCUGUGAACCUGCGCCAAGUCCACUUCUCUGAGGAGCACUGGGUCCAUGAGUCUGGCCGGCCAGUGCAGCGAGCGGAGAUGCUGCAGGUGCUGCAGAGCCUGGAAGCUGUGCUCAUCCAGACAGUGUACAACGCCAAGAUGGCCAGCGUGGGGCUGAGUGACAUCUCCAUGGAUACAACUGUCACCCACGCUACCAGCCAUGGCCGUGCCCACAGCGUAGAGGAGUGCAGAUGCCCCAUUGGCUAUUCCGGCUUGUCCUGUGAGAGCUGUGAUGCCCAUUUCACCCGGGUGCCUGGUGGGCCCUACCUGGGCACCUGCUCGGGCUGCAACUGCAAUGGCCAUGCCAGCUCCUGUGACCCUGUGUAUGGCCACUGCCUGAACUGCCAGCACAGCACAGAGGGGCCACAGUGCGACAAAUGCAAGGCCGGCUUCUUUGGUGACGCCACCAAGGCCACGGCCACUGCCUGCCGGCCCUGCCCUUGCCCAUACAUCGACGCCUCCCGCAGGUUCUCAGAUACCUGCUUCCUGGACACGGAUGGCCAAGCCACGUGUGAUGCGUGUGCCCCAGGCUACACGGGCCGCCGCUGUGAGAGCUGUGCCCCCGGAUAUGAGGGCAACCCCAUCCAGCCCGGCGGGAAGUGCAGGCCCACCAACCAGCAGAUCGUGCGCUGUGAUGAGCGAGGCAGCACGGGGACCUCUGGGGAGGCCUGCCUCUGUAAGCUCCCAGCUCUGUGCCUGCAGAGCAACGUGGUGGGGCGCCUGUGCAACGAGUGUGUCGCUGGCUCUUUCCACCUGAGCACCCGAAACCCUGACGGCUGCCUCAAGUGCUUCUGCAUGGGCGUCAGUCGCCAGUGCACCAGCUCCUCCUGGAGCCGCGCACAGGUGCUGGGGGCCUCUGAGGAGCCCACUCCGUUCAGCCUGACCAACGCCGCGGGCACCCACAACACCAGCGAGGGCAUCUCGUCACCCAUGCCCGGGGAACUGGUCUUCUCCUCCUUCCACAGGCUCCCGUCUGGGCCCUACUUCUGGAGCCUCCCUUCACGCUUCCUGGGGGACAAGGUGACCUCCUAUGGCGGAGAGCUGCGCUUUACAGUGACCCAGCGGCCCCAGCCUGGCUCCGCGGCACUGCACAGGCAGCCGCUGGUGGUCCUGCAGGGCAAUAACAUUAUCUUGGAGCACCACACUUCCCAGGAGCCUAGCCCCGGCCAGCCCAGCACCUUCACCGUGCCCUUCCGAGAACAAGCAUGGCAGCGGCCUGACGGGCAGCCGGCCACGCGGGAGCACCUGCUGAUGGCACUGGCGGGCAUCGACACCCUCCUGAUCCAGGCAUCCUACACCCAGCGGCCAGCGGAGAGCAGGGUCUCUGGCAUCAGCAUGGAUGUGGCUGUGCCUGAGGACACCGGCCAGGACCCUGCACUGGAAGUGGAGCAGUGUACCUGCCCACCUGGGUACCGUGGCCCAUCCUGCCAGGACUGUGACACAGGCUAUACACGCAUGCCCAGCGGCCUCUACCUGGGCACCUGCGAACGUUGCAGCUGCCAUGGCCACACAGAUGUCUGUGAGCCCGAAACAGGUUCCUGCCAGGGCUGCCAGCACCACACAGAAGGCCCCCGGUGUGAGCAGUGCCAGCCCGGAUAUUACGGGGAUGCCCAGCGUGGGACACCACAAGACUGCCAGCCAUGCCCCUGUCAUGGAGCCCCCGCUGCUGGCCAAGCCACCCACACUUGCUUUCUGGACACAGAUGGCCACCCCACCUGUGAUGCGUGUUCCCCAGGCCACAGCGGGCGUCAUUGUGAGAGGUGUGCCCCAGGUUACUAUGGCAACCCCAGCCAGGGCCAGCCUUGUCGAAGAGAUGGCCAGUUGCCAGAGCCGACCGGCUGUGGCUGUGACCCCCAGGGCAGCGUCAGCGACCAGUGUGACUCUGCUGGACAAUGCCAGUGCAAGGCCCAGGUGGAAGGCCUCACCUGCAGCUAUUGCCGGCCCCACCACUUUCACCUGAGUGCCAGCAACCCUGUUGGCUGCCUGCCCUGCUUCUGCAUGGGCGUCACCCAGCAGUGCACCAGCUCUUCCUACACACGCCACCUGAUCUCCACCCACUUUGCCCCUGGGGACUUCCAAGGCUUCACCCUGGUGAACCCACAGCGGAACAGCCACCUGACAGGAGGCUUCACCGUGGAACCGGUGCCCGAGGGUGCCCAGCUUACUUUUGGCAACUUCGCUAACCUUGGCCACGAGUCCUUCUACUGGCAGCUGCCGGAGACAUACCAGGGAGACAAGGUGGCAGCCUAUGGCGGAAAGCUGCGGUACACCCUCUCCUACACAGCGGGGGCCCAGGGCAGCCCGCUGUCUGACCCUGAUGUCCAGAUCACGGGCAACAACAUCAUGCUGGUGGCCUCCCAGCCAGCACUGCAGGGCCCGGAGAGGAAGAGCUACGAGAUCAUUUUCCGAGAGGAAUUCUGGCGCCGGCCUGAUGGGCAGCCAGCCACCAGGGAGCACCUCCUGAUGGCACUGGCUGACCUGGACGAGCUCCUGGUCCGGGCCACGUUCUCCUCGAUGCCGCUAGCAGCCAGCAUCAGCGCGGUCAGCCUGGAGGUUGCCCAGCCCGGGCCCUCGGAGGGACCCCGGGCCCUUGAGGUGGAGGAAUGCCGCUGCCCCCCGGGCUAUGUCGGCUCGUCCUGCCAGGACUGUGCCCCGGGCUACACGCGCACUGGGAGUGGACUCUACCUUGGCCACUGUGAGCUCUGCGAAUGCAAUGGCCACUCAGAACUGUGCCACCCAGAGACCGGGGCCUGCUCGCAAUGCCAGCACAACGCCGCCGGGGAGUUCUGCGAGCUGUGUGCACCUGGCUACUAUGGGGACCCCACAGCUGGAACACCUGAGGACUGCCAGCCCUGUGCCUGCCCACUGACCAACCCAGAGAACAUGUUCUCCCGCACCUGUGAAAGCCUGGGAGCUGGUGGAUACCGCUGCACAGCCUGCGAACCUGGCUACACUGGCCAGUACUGUGAGCAGUGUGCCACAGGAUACGUGGGUAACCCCAAUGUGCGAGGGGGUCGGUGCCUGCCACAGGCAGACCAAGCCCCGCUGGUGGUCCAGGUCCAGCCAACUCGGAGCAUAGUACCCCAAGGUGGUCCCCACUCCCUGCGGUGCCAGGUCAGUGGGAGCCCACCCCACUACUUUUACUGGUCUCGUGAAGAUGGGCGGCCCUUGCCCAGCAGCACCCAGCAGCGACAUCAAGGCUCCGAGCUCCACUUCCCCAGCGUCCAGCCUUCAGAUGCUGGAGUCUACAUUUGUACCUGUCGUAAUCUCCAUCAUGCCAACACCAGCCGGGCAGAGCUGCUGGUCACUGAGGCUCCCAGCAAGCCCAUCACAGUGACAGUGGAAGAGCAGCGGAGCCAGAGCGUGCGUCCCGGAACCGACGUCACCUUCAUCUGCACAGCCAAGAGCAAGUCUCCGGCUUACACCCUGGUGUGGACUCGCCUGCAUAAUGGGAAACUGCCAGCCCGAGCCAUGGAUUUCAACGGUAUCCUGACCAUUCGCAGCGUACAGCCGAGUGACGCGGGCACCUACGUGUGCACCGGCUCCAACAUGUUCGCCAUGGACCAGGGCACAGCCACGCUGCACGUGCAAGCCUCGGCCACCCCGUCUUCCCCCGUGGUCUCCAUCCACCCGCCACAGCUCACAGUGCAGCCUGGGCAGCUGGCUGAGUUCCGCUGCAGUGCCACAGGGAACCCCACGCCCACCCUCGAGUGGACAGGGGGCCCCGGUGGCCAGCUCCCUCAGAAGGCCCAAAUCCAUGGUGGUAUCCUGCGCCUGCCAGCCGUCGAGCCCUCGGAUCAAGCCCAGUACCUGUGUCGCGCCCACAGCAGCGCCGGGCAGCACGUGGCCAGGGCCGUGCUCCACGUGCACGGGGGCAGCGGGCCUAGGGUCCAGGUGAGUCCAGAGAGGACCCAGGUACACGAAGGCCGCAGCAUCAGGCUGUACUGCAGGGCUGCGGGUGUGCCCAGCGCCACCAUCACCUGGAGGAAGGAGGGGGGCAGCCUCCCCCCACAGGCCCGGUCUGAGCGCACAGACAUCGCCACGCUGCUCAUCCCAGCCAUCACUGCCGCUGACGCCGGCUUCUACCUCUGCGUGGCCACCAGCCCCGCGGGCACCGCACAGGCCCGGAUCCAAGUGGUCGUCCUUCCAGCCUCAGGUGCCAGCAUCCCGCCAGUGAGGAUUGAGUCCUCAUCACCUUCCGUGACCGAAGGGCAGACGCUGGACCUCAACUGCAUGGUGACAGGGCUGGCCCACAGCCAGAUCACGUGGUACAAGCGAGGGGGCAGCCUGCCUCCCCACGCCCAGGUGCAUGGCUCCCGGCUGCGGCUGCCCCACGUCUCACCAGCUGAUUCUGGAGAAUACGUGUGCCGAGUGGAGAAUGAGUCAGGCCCCAAGGAGGCCUCCAUCAUCGUCUCUGUCCUCCACGGCAGCCAUUCGGGCCCUAGCUACACCCCAGCUCCUGGUGGCGCCCCAGCUCCUGGUGGAGCCCCAGCUCCAGGCAGUAGUCAGCCCAUCCGCAUCGAGUCGUCCUCCUCUCAUGUGGCCGAAGGGCAGACGCUGGAUCUGAACUGUGUGGUGCCCGGGCAGGCCCACGCCCAGGUCACAUGGUACAAACGUGGAGGCAGCCUCCCCGCCCGGCACCAGACCCACGGCUCACUGCUGCGGCUGAACCAGGUGUCCCCAGCAGACUCAGGCGAGUACGUGUGCCGCGUGGUCCUCGGCUCUGGGCCCCUCGAGACCUCCGUCCUAGUCACCAUCGAGGCCGCCGGCACUGGCUCCAUCCCGGCCCCAGGACCCGUCCCGCCUGUCAGGAUCGAAUCCUCAUCCCCCACGGUGGCCGAGGGGCAGACUCUGGAUCUGAGCUGUGUGGUGCCCGGGCAGGCCCAUGCCCCGGUCACAUGGUACAAACGUGGAGGCAGCCUCCCCGCCCGGCACCAGGUCCGCGGCUCCCGCCUGUACAUCUUCCAGGCCUCACCAGCUGACGCAGGCGAGUAUGUUUGCCGGGCCAGCAAUGGUAUGGAGGCCUCCAUCACAGUCACAGUAACCAGGACCCAGGGAGCCAACUUCGCCUACCCUCCUGGUGGCACCCAGUCCAUCCGCAUUGAACCCUCCUCCUCUCAUGUGGCCGAAGGGCAGACCCUGGAUCUGAACUGCGUGGUGCCCAGGCAGGCCCACGCCCAGGUCACAUGGCACAAGCGCGGGGGCAGCCUUCCCGCCCGGCACCAGACCCAUGGCUCACUGCUGAGACUCCACCAGGUGUCCCCAGCCGACUCAGGCGAGUAUGUGUGCCGCGUGGUAGGUGGCUCGGUGCCCCUGGAAGCCUCCGUCCUGGUCACCAUUGAGUCUGCAGACUCUGUGCCUGCGCUGGGGGUCACCCCUCCAGUCCGGAUCGAGUCAUCCUCCUCACACGUGGCUGAAGGGCAGACCUUGGAUCUGAACUGCCUGGUUUCUGGGCAGGCCCACGCCCAGGUCACAUGGCACAAGCGCGGGAGCAGCCUCCCUGCCCGGCACCAGGUACAUGGCUCGAGGCUGCGGCUGCCCCAGGUGACUCCAGCUGACUCCGGGGAGUACGUGUGCCGCGUGGUCAGCAGCUCGGGCACCCAGGAAGCCUCCGUCCUCGUCACCAUCCAGCAGCGCCUCGGCCCCUCCCGCUCCCAGAGUGUGGUGUACCCCGUCCGCAUUGAGUCAUCCUCAGCCUCCCUGGCCAACGGACAUACGCUGGACCUCAACUGCCUGGUGGCCAGUCAAGCCCCCCACACCAUCACCUGGUAUAAGCGUGGAGGCAGCCUACCCAGCCGGCACCAGAUCGUGGGCUCCCGGCUGCGGAUCCCCCAGGUGACGCCCGCGGACUCGGGCGAGUACGUGUGUCAUGUCAGCAACGGUGCCGGCUCCCAGGAGACCUCGCUCAUCGUCACCAUCCAGGGCAGCGGCUCCUCCCACAUGCCCAGUGUCUCCCCACCAAUCAGGAUCGAGUCCUCGUCCCCCACGGUGGUUGAAGGGCAGACCUUGGAUCUGAACUGCGUGGUCACCGGGCAGCCCCAGGCCACCAUCACGUGGUACAAGCGUGGGGGCAGCCUUCCCACUCGACACCAGGCUCACGGCUCCCGUCUGCGGCUGCACCAGAUGUCCGUGGCAGAUUCAGGCGAGUAUGUGUGUCGGGCUAACAACAACAUCGAUGCCCAGGAGGCCUCCAUCGUGGUCUCAGUCUCCCCCAGCACCGGCAGCCCCUCUGUCCCUGGCGGGGCCACGCCCAUCAGAAUCGAGUCGUCAUCUUCACACGUGGCCGAAGGGCAGACCCUGGAUCUGAACUGCGUGGUCCCUGGACAGGCGCAUGCCCAGAUCACGUGGUACAAGCGCGGGGGCAGCCUCCCCACUCACCACCAGGCCCACGGCUCACGGCUGCGGCUGCACCAGGUAUCCCCGGCUGACUCGGGCGAGUACGUGUGCCGCGUGGUGAGCAGCUCUGGCCCCCUGGAGACCUCAGUCCUGGUCACCAUCGAGGCUUCUGGCUCUGGCGCUGUUCUCGUCCCUGCCCCGGGCGGAGCCCCACCCAUCCUCAUCGAGACGUCCUCCUCCCACGUGGCCGAAGGGCAGACCCUGGAUCUGAAAUGCGUGGUGCCUGGCCAGGCCCACGCCCAGGUCACAUGGCACAGGCGCGGGGGCAGCCUUCCUGCCCGGCACCAGGUCCACGGCCCCCUGCUGAGGCUGAACCAGGUGUCCCCUGCCGACUCUGGCGAAUACUCCUGUCGAGUGGCCAGCAGCUCAGGCACUCUGGAGGCUUCUGUCCUGGUCACAAUCGAGGCCUCCAGCCCAGGCCCCAUUCCUGCCCCAGGACUGGCCCAGCCCAUCUACAUCGAGGCCUCCUCCUCCCAUGUGGCCGAAGGACAAACCCUGGACCUGAACUGCGUGGUACCCGGGCAGGCACAUGCCCAGGUCACGUGGUAUAAGCGUGGGGGCAGCCUCCCCGCCCGGCACCAGACCCACGGCUCCCGGCUGCGGCUCCACCACGUCUCCCAGGCCGACUCCGGAGAAUAUGUGUGCCGUGUGGUUGGCAGCUCGGGCCCUGAGCACGAGGCCUCCUUCACGGUCACUGUCCCGCCCAGUGCAGGGUCCUCCUACCGCCUUAGGAGCCCUGUCAUCUCUAUCGACCCGCCCAGCAGCACCGUGCGGCAGGGCCAAGACGCCAGCUUCAAGUGCCUCAUCCAUGAUGGGGCAGCCCCCAUCAGCCUUGAGUGGAAGACUCGGAACCAGGAGCUGGAGGACAAUGUCCACAUCAGCCCCAACGGCUCCAUCAUCACCAUCGUGGGCACCCGGCCCAGCAACCACGGUGCCUACCGCUGCGUGGCCUCCAAUGCCUAUGGUGUGGCCCAGAGUGUCGUGAACCUCAGCGUGCACGGGCCCCCUACAGUGUCUGUGCUCCCCGAGAGCCCCGUGCGGGUGAAAGCGGGAAAGGCCAUCACCCUGGAGUGUGUCAGUGCUGGGGAGCCCCGCCCUUCUGCUCGCUGGACCCGGAUCGGUGCCCCCACCAACUUGGAGCAGCGGGCACCUGGGCUCGUGGACAGCCACACCGUGCUGCAGAUUUCGUCAGCUAAACCAUCAGAUGCAGGCAUCUACGUCUGCCUAGCUCAGAAUGCACUGGGCACAGCGCAGAAGCGAGUGGAAGUAAUUGUAGACACGGGCACUGUGGCCCCAGGGGCCCCCCAGGUCCAGGUAGAAGAAGCCGAGCUGACUGUGGAAGCUGGACACACGGCCACCCUGCGCUGCUCAGCCACAGGCAGCCCCACGCCCACCAUCCACUGGUCCAAACUGCGCUCCCCGCUGCCGUGGCAGCACCAGCUGGAAGGUGACACGCUAAUCAUCCCACGGGUAGCCCAGCAGGACUCGGGCCAGUACAUCUGCAACGCCACUAGCCCUGCCGGGCAUGCUGAGGCCACCAUCGCCCUGCAUGUAGAGAGCCCGCCGUAUGCCACCACAGUCCCGGAGCACGCGUCGGUGCAGGCAGGGGAGACGGUGCAGCUCCAGUGCCUGGCUCAUGGGACGCCCCCGCUCACCUUCCAGUGGAGCCGUGUGGGCGGCAGCCUCCCUGGGAGGGCGACCACCAGGAAUGAGAUGCUGCUCCUUGAGCCUGCGGCCCCUGCGGACUCAGGCCGCUACCGCUGCCGGGUCACCAACAAGGUGGGCUCAGCUGAGGCCUUCGCCCAGGUGCUGGUCCGAGGCCCCUCCGGCUCUCUCCCCGCCACCCCCAUCCCAGCAGGAUCCGCGCCCACCGUUCAGGUCACGCCUCAGCUGGAGACCAAGAGCAUAGGGGCCAGCGUCGAGUUCCACUGUGUCGUGCCCAGCGACCUGGGCACUCAACUCCGCUGGAUCAAAGAAGGGGGUCAGCUGCCUCCCGGCCACAGCAUACAUGAUGGGGUGCUCCGAAUCCAGAACUUGGACCAGAGCUGCCAAGGGACGUAUGUUUGCCAGGCCCAUGGACCAUGGGGACAGGCCCAGGCCAGUGCCCAGCUUGUUGUCCAAGCUCUGCCCUCUGUGCUCAUCAACAUCCGGACCUCCGUGCAGACCGUGGUGGUCGGCCAUGCCGUGGAGUUCGAGUGCCUGGCCCUGGGUGACCCCAAGCCUCAGGUGACGUGGAGCAAAGUUGGAGGGCGCCUGCGGCCUGGCGUCGUGCAGAGCGGAGGCAUCGUCAGGAUCGCCCACGUGGAGCUGGCUGACGCAGGACAGUACCGCUGCACCGCCACCAGUGCCGCAGGCACCGCCCAGUCCCACGUGCUGCUACUCGUGCAAGCCUUGCCGCAGAUCUCAACGCCCCCAGAGGUCCGUGUGCCCACUGGUUCUUCAGCUGUCUUCCCCUGCAUGGCCUCUGGCUACCCCACUCCUGACAUCACCUGGAGCAAGCUGGAUGGGAACCUGCCGCCCGACAGCCGCCUGGAGAACAACAUGCUGCUGCUGCCCUCGGUCCAGCCCCAGGACGCAGGCACCUAUGUCUGCACCGCCACCAACCGCCAGGGCAAGGUCAAGGCCUUUGCCCAUCUGCAGGUGCCAGAGCGGGUGGUGCCCUACUUCACGCAGACCCCCCACUCUUUCCUGCCGCUGCCCACCAUCAAGGAUGCCUACAGGAAGUUUGAGAUCAAGAUCACCUUCCGGCCCGACUCAGCCGAUGGGAUGCUGCUGUACAACGGGCAGAAGCGGAUCCCAGGGAGCCCCACCAACCUGGCCAACAGGCAGCCCGACUUCAUCUCCUUCGGCCUUGUGGGCGGGAGGCCCGAGUUCCGGUUUGAUGCAGGCUCGGGCAUGGCCACCAUCCGUCACCCCACACCGCUAGCACUGGGCCAGUUCCACACCGUGACCCUGCUGCGCAGCCUCACCCAGGGCUCCCUGAUCGUGGGCAGCCUGGCCCCGGUCAACGGCACCUCCCAGGGCAAGUUCCAGGGUCUGGACCUGAAUGAGGAGCUCUACCUGGGUGGCUACCCCGACUAUGGCGCUAUCCCCAAGGCAGGCCUGAGCGGCGGCUUCAUAGGCUGUGUCCGGGAGCUGCGCAUCCAGGGUGAGGAGAUCGUCUUCCAUGACCUCAACCUUACAGCGCACGGCAUCUCCCACUGCCCCACCUGUCGGGACCGGCCCUGCCAGAACGGGGGCCAGUGCCAGGACUCGGAGAGCAGCAGCUAUGUGUGUGUGUGCCCGGCUGGCUUCACCGGGAGCCGCUGUGAGCACUCGCAGGCCCUGCACUGCCACCCAGAGGCCUGUGGGCCCGACGCCACCUGUGUGAACCGGCCCGACGGCCAAGGCUACACCUGCCGCUGCCACCUGGGCCGCUCGGGCGUGAGGUGUGAGGAAGGUGUGACUGUGACCACCCCUUCCCUGUCGGGCGCGGGCUCCUACCUGGCGCUGCCUGCUCUCACCAACACGCACCACGAGCUACGCCUGGAUGUUGAGUUUAAGCCGCUGGCACCUGACGGGGUCCUGCUGUUCAGCGGGGGAAAGAGCGGGCCGGUGGAGGAUUUCGUGUCCCUGGCGAUGGUUGGCAGCCACCUGGAGUUCCGCUACGAGUUGGGGUCAGGGCUGGCCGUUCUGCGGAGCUCCGAGCCCCUGGCCCUGGGCCGCUGGCAUCGCAUAUCCGCAGAGCGUCUCAACAAGGACGGCAGCCUGCGCGUGAACGGCGGGCGCCCUGUGCUGCGCUCCUCACCCGGCAAGAGCCAGGGCCUCAACCUGCACACCCUGCUCUACCUGGGUGGUGUGGAGCCGUCCUUGCAGCUGCCCCUGGCCACCAACAUGAGCGCUCACUUCCGCGGCUGCGUGGGCGAGGUGUCAGUGAAUGGAAAGCGGCUGGACCUCACCUACAGUUUCCUGGGCAGCCGGGGCGUCGGGCAGUGCUACGACAGCUCCCCGUGUGAGCGCCAGCCUUGCCGCAGUGGCGCCACGUGCAUGCCCACCGGCGAAUACGAGUUCCAGUGCCUGUGUCGAGACGGCUUCAAAGGAGACCUCUGUGAGCACGAGGAGAACCCCUGCCAGCUCCGUGAGCCCUGUCUGCAUGGGGGUACCUGCCAGGGCACCCGCUGCCUCUGUCCCCCCGGCUUCUCUGGCCCUCGCUGCCAACAAGGCUCUGCACAUGGCAUAGCGGAGUCCGACUGGCAUCUUGAAGGCAGUGGGGGCAACGAUGCCCCCGGGCAGUACGGAGCCUACUUCUACGAUGACGGCUUCCUCGCCCUCCCUGGCCGCAUCUUCUCCAGGAGUCACCCUGAGGUGCCCGAGACCAUCGAGCUGGAGGUUCAGACCAGCACGGCCAGCGGCCUCCUGCUCUGGCAGGGCGUGGAGGUGGGAGAGUCCGGCCGAGGCAAGGACUUCAUCAGUCUUGGGCUUCAGGAUGGGCACCUUGUCUUCAGCUACCAGCUGGGCAGUGGGGAGGCCCGCCUUGUCUCUGAGGACCCCAUCAACGAUGGCGAGUGGCAUCGGGUGAUGGCACUGCGAGAGGGCCGGAGAGGCUCCAUCCAGGUGGACGGAGAGGAGCUGGUCAGCGGCCAGUCCCCAGGCCCUAACGUGGCAGUCAACACCAAGGGCAGCAUCUACGUCGGUGGAGCCCCCGACGUGGCGGUGCUGACCGGGGGCAGGUUCUCCUCGGGCAUCACGGGCUGUAUCAAGAACCUGGUGCUGCACUCUGCCCGGCCUGGCACCCCGCCUCCACAGCCACUGGACCUGCAGCACCGCGCCCAGGCGGGGGCCAACACGCGCCCCUGCCCCUCGUAGGCACUGCCUGCCCCACACGGACUCCCGGGCAGCGCCCCAGCCCCGCAGCGUCGACUAUAUUAUUAUUAAUAUUAUUAUUAUGAAUAUUUUGUAAGAAACGGAGGCGAUGCCACGCUUUGCUGCUACUGCCCUGGGCUGGACUGGAGGGUGGGCACGCCACCCCACACAGACACACCUGGGCAAAGCCACAGGCUGCAGGGCAGGGCGGGUUGCAUGGGAGCAGGUGCCUCAAAGGGUCACCAGGACUUGGGGUCGGGCACGGUGGCUGAGCAGGCUCAGAACUGCCCCCACCAACAGGGCCCCCCGAGGUAGUGCUGGGCUGCCCGUUUCUUCAGCCCUUGGGCAGCCCUCAUUUCUACAGGAGCCAAACUCGGCUUCCAGCCUGGAGCCUCACCAGCUACCCGGAGCCUCACCAGCUACCCGGAGCAGAGGGCGUGGCAGUGGCCUUCGCCACCCUCCUCCGGGUUGGGAAAGCUCUUUAGUGCUAACUGUGGUGCAAAAGGCAGCUCACCCCUGGGCAGGCAGCCCCCAGCCCUGCCAGCCCAUGUCCCAGCACCCCUCCACCUCCGCCUAGCCAGCCAGGCCACCGGCCCCUGGCAGCCUCCCCCCUCCCACCAAGCCCUCCUGGCCUGCAUCCCUCCCACCCCACACCUAGCCCAGGGCCCCUGCUCUGAGGGGCUGCAAGGGAAAGCCCACCUCAACUCUUACCAGGAGCUGCUACAGGCAGAGCCCAGCACUGAGAGUGUCUCCCUGCCUGCACCAGGCCACGUCCCCCCACUGAUCUGGAAGUGAAGGCCCAGGGCACAUGGGGGGAGGAGAGCAUUGGUGGUCAGAAAGAGUUAAUGCCUUGGGUAGGGGAGCCGGGACUCAUGACUGGGAGGGACAGGAAGGGGGCGUGACAGCCCUGCCCCAUCUGUGGGAGCCCCAGGGCCCAACUGGGGGCAAGCGCCCUCCCCACCAGCAACCCCCAGAGGUGGGUCCGGGACGCCUGGCCUCUGUGUCCUAGAAGGGACCCUCCUGUGGUCUUUAUCUUGAUCUUUCUUAAUAAACGGUGCUAUCCCCGCCA